GAGCCGCCGUCGCCGCCGCAACCGCUGUCGCGAGUGCCGGGUUGCCUUUAACGCUCAGUCAGUCUCACGUAGCCGAGAAAGCCGCAUCGCUGCUCGCCGUGACACGGUCUUCUUCUUCUUCUCCUAUAAUACCAACCAUAUCGUUUCAAAUAUAGUGCAUGUAUAACGUGUGUACGCCGCCGAGCCGUUACGAUUUCGCUGCGAGAUCGUUUUGUCGCGCUGCAAAAUCGGAGCACAUCGUGUUUCUCGAGUUGUUUCGACGACGCUCAAACCUCGACGAAACAUUAACGCCGACCGAGUCUGGCAACGAUAAUGCAGUUGUUGCAUUGCACCGAUAAUCGAGGCCCACCUGGGGACUGCUACUGUCACUGCUACUACUACCGCCAGUACUGCUGCAGACGCUCUUCCAACGGCCAAACGUAUUAGAACGUGGAAAGCGCGUAGAUACAUUAUUUCCGUUUCUCUCUCGCUAUUUCUCUCUCUUUUUUCUCUCUUUUGACUCCCUACAUACAACUAUUUCUUUUCUCGUUCCUGUGUGUGUCUCUCUGUGCCCUUGCCGAAGGUUGCUGCUCCGCUGCCGCUCUCAGAUACAGCAGGGGCGAGCAAAUGUAAACGUGCUCUCGGAAGUGUUUGUUGUUCGAUAUAUAUAAUAAGUCACACACAAGUUGUUGCAGCUGUUGUCAGUGCGCGCGGUGAUCUUUUUGAGAAAUCGUUGUAUUAUUCGCAAAUGAAAGAGAUCCGAAAAAGUGGUGUACUCUCUUGGUACUAGUUUGCUGGUAUUUUUCCGUGCGCGCCAAAGUUAAGAGAGAACGGACAGUGGAACAAACAAACAAAAAAAACAUAACACGAAGGAAGAAAGGAUUACAAGUGUGAAACUUCGUUUUGCUGUUAGACAACAAGCGAGAGAAAAAUCAUCAUCAAGGAGAUGGCGGGCGAGGGUCUUUUCGAAGCGACCAGCAUCCCGGGCCACCUCGCUCCCACGGCCGAGCGACUCGAGAGGCUGCUGGCCAAGCAGAGCCUCGAGGAACUCUACGAGGUCGAGGAUCAACCUUUCGCUAGAGGCAAGUACGCCACGGUGAGGAGAUGCCGCGAGCGAUCCACCGGACGCCAAUGGGCUGCGAAAUUUUUGAAGAAGCGUCGCACCCGCGCACAGGAGCUGCGUGCCGAGGCACUGCACGAGGUCGCGGUGCUGGACGCCGCUGCGCACUGCACGCGGCUCGUCACGCUCCACCAGGUCUUCGAGACGCCAACAGAAAUGGUUCUGGUUCUAGAACUAGCUGCCGGUGGCGAGCUACAAAUGGUUCUGGAUCGCGACGAGAUCCCAGAAGAACAUCAAGUGGCCAAGCUGCUGAGGCAGAUCCUCGACGGAGUCGCUUUUCUGCACUCGCUCAACGUCGCGCAUCUCGACAUCAAGCCUCAAAACCUCGUGCUAACCGGCGAAUUUCCCGACUGCGACGUGAAGCUCUGCGAUUUCGGAAUAUCGCGCUACAUCAGCCAAGGUGCCGAUAUACGGGAAAUUCUCGGCACACCAGACUACACCGCGCCGGAAGUACUAAACUACGAGCCCAUAAGCCUGGCAACGGAUAUGUGGUCGGUGGGUGUGCUGCUCUACGUACUGCUGACAGGCUGUUCACCCUUCGGCGGCGACACGAAGCAAGAGACCUUCUGCAACAUCAGCAGAUGCAAACUCGACUUCCCGGACGACCUCUUCGAGGAGGUAUCCGAAGAGGCUCAAGAUCUCAUCAGGCGUCUCAUCGUCAAGAAUCCAAGCGCGCGAUUGACAGCACUCGAGUGCCUUGAGCAUACCUGGUUCAGUAAGUUCGAGGACGAGCCGACAUCGUCGUCGCCUCCCACGAGCAACAACAGCAACAGCAACUACACGAACUACGUGUCGGACUCGAGCGAAAUUCUUGAGGCCGAGAUGUCCAGCGGUUACGACUCGUCGACUUGCUCGUCAGCCUCGCCACUGCCGAUCGAGCCGGAAUACAUCAAAAACAACAGCAGCAGCAUCGUCGCUGAGAAUGUAGCCGAAUCAAAAUCAGAGCAGGAUUGCAACGGACAGAUCGGCAAACAGACGCGGCAAGACACGGACAAGAGCCACUCGUUCCUCAUGAACAACGACGAAGAAGUGGAGAACGAUAGUAGUAUGCACGAGGAGGCAUCGAUUGCCGGCACACAAAUGGAAGAGCAGCAGCAGCAUCAGCUGCAGCAGCAAGAACAGCAAGAAGAGGCAGAAGAGAGCGGCAGCGACGAUCACAACGACGGGGCAUCGGCGUACGGGAAUGCUUCAACCGUGGCUCUCGGCGACGAGAGCUCCUGCAGCAUCGGCUCGGAGAGUGCCUACUUGCGCAGGCUGAGCUCCGCGAUGUCACGCAGCUCCACGAGCUCGGGCCUGUCGUUCGCGUCGCCGUCGGUCGCCGAGAGAGCCAGGAGCCACUUCAACGGUCUGUCGAGCGAGAGGAGAAAUAACUUCAAGAGGAGCAUGGAUUAUUUGGCCAAGAAGUUCACAACGAGUACCGAUCUACUCGAGAUGUUCGAUGACUUUGACAUGGAAACGUCGUCUAGGAGAGCUUCAGUGAACGCAAUGAGCCAAUCGGUCAGCGAAGUCUUCAAGUGCUCGCCUGUCUUCAUACUCGGUGAAGAGCAGCAGUGCAGCGACAGUGGAUCCGAAAUCUCGACCGACAGCUCGUCGGACCGCAGCAGUAUCUACUCGGACGAUUCGCUCGACUUCAUACUCUACGGCAAAACCGUGACCCAAGGCCGCUCGAGUUAUCCCUUCAGCGCGUCGGAGAGGCAGACGUGGCAACCGCGCAAGACGCUGAACGCGAGCAGCGGCGCCAACGCCGCCGUCAGCGCUCUGAAGCACGGUAGCCGAGUUUGGCCUCGCGAGUGCAACGGUGUCGUUAGCAAGGCCCUCAGCAGAUUUACCACCGUGGAGCAUCAGUUUCACAGCAGCAACUCGUCGAUCUGCAGCAGCACGAGCAGCAUCAGCAGUAGCAGUACCAGCAACAGUAGCAGCAACGUCACCGUGAAAAGCCCGAUGAUCAGCACGAGUUCCAGUACUGUCAGCAGUAGUAGCGUCAGUCUCGUUUCGAGCUCGACUACGAAAACAAGCACGACUCGCGGCGUAUCUGGAUUGGAGGCCCUGCGUAACCAAGGCGAGAAUCUCGUGGUGAUACGCGAGCCAGUUCGAGCUGGCCGAUAUAUGCGCUACAGCGAGGUGCAGUGCGAGUCCGUCCAGGCACGUAUACGGCGAUUCCAAGUCAACGGGUCUUCGUAAAAAGUGCCUGCCAAAUCAACGCCAUUUGUUGUUAUUUUUACGUAUUAACGUUAACGCCUUAACGAAAUGAAACUUACAAAAGAGAUAUAAUCUGUAUUUUGUAAAAUUAUUCGCGCGUCGCUGAACGCAAGUUUUUUGGCGCCUACAUUGUAGAUACGAUGAAUUGAAUACGCAAGUCUGAUGCAUGCGAUAACUGUUGACGACUUUUCGUUAUUUAUUAGUAAAUAAGAGUUUUGCGAAUUGCUCAAUUCAUAAGUUCCAAGAAGUGGUACAAGUGAGAAUUUGUUAAUUGAAAAGAAAAAAAAAUUAAUGAUCUCCGUUCUGAAAACAAUCGAGUUUUGUAGGACGUACUUUUAUAUUUUAUUGACUUAUACUAAAUGAAAAACAAUGUUAGUAACGUAGUUAAUACGCGGCAUGUCGUACUUUUUCAAUUGCAAUGAAUCGCUCGUACCGUUUGGAACGAAUUGAAAAUAUUGAUUGUACAAAGUUAUAUAGUGACAACGUGAUACGUGAGUGGUUGCUAAAUAUUAAUUCUAUUGAAAUGUAUCGUGAGUACUGCGUGCUAAAGUGAGAAAUUUAAACUGCUAUUAACGUCAGACAAUCAUGGUUGAUGAACUUAAAUGUUUGAUGCCAAUUCCUCAAUAUAAUUAUAGAGACCUACAGACUGAUUUUUCAACUCCUCGAUCGUUAAAAAAAUGAUGCAGAGCGUUUUCUGCUUAAGAACAUAACAAUCGUUUACAAUUGCGACAAAUUUUUUUAAAUGAAAUUCGAACAAAACAUUAAUGCAAAUGUGGAACAAAUUUCAAUAUUUGCUAAAAAUGUUCAGACUUAUAAACAUAGACGUAAGAAAUGAUCAAGUACUUUCGAGUGCGUUCUGUAAGUCAAUGACGUUAAACGCACAUCAACGCCUGUAUAAUAUAGAAAGUAAACAUUGAAAUGAUAAAUAUCGGAUGCGCUUCGACACAAUCAGUGCGUACCCUAUCUCAGACCUGCCAAUUUAAAUAAAUGUAUAGAAUAAUUUGUAACGUUUUGCGGAUGUAAAAUCGGUAUUAUGUGUCACAUCUCAGUUUGACUCUACAUAGUUUAUGUGUAAAAAGUUAAAUUAAAUAUUACAUGGUACUUUGUGCCUUGUUUGUAAAUAAUUGCGUCGUAAAUAUUGUGUAUUGUGAGCAUUUACUGAGAGAUAUGUGCAAUUUAACGGGCAUCAAAGUUAGAAAAGUAUAAAAGAUGGAUGUACGCGCUAUAGAUCCAUUGAGAUAUCUGAUGUAGAUGUAAUGUUGUGUUUGCGUAAACCCUUUUGGCGAUUUGAUCUUUCAAACCGUGCUAUUGGGCGCUUUUUGUAUCGAGAAUUCUCAUAUCAUCAAUAAUUGGCGAACUUUUCGUGCAAAUGAUUAUUAUUAUCAUGAUGUAUAUUUUACGCCCGUAGACAGCAGUAUUCUCGGUUUUGUUCAAGUUUGAGCGUAUGAUGAUUACUUAUUUUGCGCUUGGCAAAAAAUUACGCGUUUGACGAUUUUGAUAAUAGUAUUUUUCGUAAAAUUAAUUUUAAUUACUCUGAAUUGAGAUAUCGGUAAUUUUGUAUAGCAAACUUUAUUCUAACCAGCUUUUUGUUUAUUGAUAGUUCUUAGACGAUUUGCAUUGUGUUUAAAACAUGAAACAUGCGUCUUAUCUAUGCAAUAAAAGAAGAGCUACUAUAUUACUUGCUAGUCAUAAUUAACAGAUUUACUGUAAUGCUUGUAAAAUAUUUUUUGCUUAUGUUUCUGCAUUUUUUAUAAAUAACAUUACUAUAUUCGAGUGAAUUUCUCAGCACAUGCGUUAAUUAAUUUAAGAGCUAAUGAGAGAUGAUGUCUGAGAUUUCACGUUGAAUAUGCCAAUCAUAUCAAACAAUUUAGUCGACUCUAUUCUACAAUUGGUAUUUUCAACUGAGUUUCUGAACCAUUAAUAUAUGUCUUUUUGAAUAUUCAAAUUUUAAAGAAAUUAUUUAUGGAUAUAAAACUAUUUCAUGUGAACCAUCACUGUCGAAACAAUAGAUGCAGUUCGAAAUGAUAAAUUUACAGGCACUUUACGGAUUAUUUGAAAAAUGAAAGUAUUACAUACAUCAAUUUAAUACCUAAUUAUUUGAAAAAGUACAUGUUUAAAAAUUGUCCAAAAUGUAUUGUCAUGAGACAAUAAAAUUAUUAUUUGUAAGCUAUGGAAUAAUACUAAUUCCUGUUGGAAUAAUACUGUAUUAUAAUGAAAAGUAAAUUUGUGUGAAAAAUUUUAA